AUGGCGGCCCCCGAGCCCAAGCCCCCCGCGGGGGCGGCCGCGGCCCGACGUCUGGCCGGGGGCUGCUGGUCCGCGUUCUGGGACUACGAGACGCCGAAGGUGAUCGUGGUGAAGAACCGGCGCCUGGGCAUCGUGUACCGCGCGGUGCAGCUGCUCAUUCUGCUCUACUUCGUGUGGUACGUGUUCAUUGUGCAGAAGAGCUACCAGGACAGCGAGACGGGCCCCGAGAGCUCCGUCAUCACCAAGGUCAAAGGCAUCACCUCGUCGGAGCACAAAGUAUGGGAUGUGGAGGAGUACGUGAAACCCCCCGAGGGGGGAAGCGUGUUCAGCAUCAUCACCAGGAUCGAGGUCACCCCCUCCCAGACCCUCGGAACCUGCGCCGAGAGUAUGAGGGUCAACAAUGCCACCUGCGACUCAGACGAGGACUGCGUGGCUGGGCAGCUGGACAUGCUAGGAAACGGCCUGCGGACCGGGCGCUGCAUACCAUAUUACCACGGGUCCUCCAAGACCUGCGAGGUGUCCGGCUGGUGCCCGGUGGAAGACGGGGCUUCAGUCAGCCAGUUUCUCGGAAAGAUGGCCCCAAAUUUCACCAUCCUCAUCAAAAACAGCAUCCACUACCCCAAAUUCCAGUUCUCCAAGGGCAACAUUGAGAACCAGAAGGAUGGCUACCUGAAACACUGCACAUUCCACGAGGUCUCUGACCUCUACUGCCCCAUUUUCAAGCUGGGCUACAUCGUGGAGCAGGCAGGGGAAAACUUCACGGAGCUGGCACACACGGGUGGUGUCAUUGGGGUCAUUAUCAACUGGGACUGCGACCUGGACAUGUCGGCAUCGAACUGCAACCCCAAAUACUCCUUCCGGAGACUUGACCCCAAACAUGUCCCAGCCUCAUCUGGCUACAACUUCAGAUUCGCCAAGUAUUACAAAAUAAACGGCAGCACCACCCGCACACUCAUUAAAGCCUAUGGGAUCCGCAUCGAUGUCAUUGUGCACGGACAGGCAGGGAAGUUCAGCCUGAUUCCCACCAUCAUUAACCUGGCUACAGCGCUGACCUCCAUUGGGGUGGGCUCCUUCCUGUGUGACUGGAUCUUGCUAACAUUCAUGAACAAAAACAAGGUCUACAGCCAUAAGAAAUUCGACAAGGUGUGUACUCCAAGGCACUCCUCAGGCAGCUGGCCUGUGACCCUGGCCCUUGUUUUAGGCCAGGCCACUCCCCCACCCUAUCCCUGCUCUGCAGACCCAGGCCAGGCUGGCCAACCACAGGGUGAGGGGCAGAGCCAGGCCUGGGCUGCCCCACCCCCACGGCCUUGCCCCACCUCUGCCCCAUCUGAGCAGAUGGUGGAUGCUCCCGUUCCGGGUGCAGGACCGGGGCUUGGUGCCUCUGAGCCUUCCCAACAGGACUGCACGCUCACAGACGCCCGAGGUUUGGCCCAGCUCUGA